GCCCGUGCGGUGACCAUACCACGCAGCCGCUUUUCAACAGCGCGAUCCCGAGAGGUCCCCGCCGGCAACCGCUUUUCAACAGCCGACCGCGAGAGGUUCCCAAGCGCGAGAACCGAAACCAUACCAGGCGCCGCCGCGUGCUCGCACGCGUGUCGUUCCUGUGCUCGUGGACAUGCUAUACGUGCCCCAUCGCACGCCUCGCCGUUGUUCCACGUGUAAAAAGCACACACCACGGCUACACCUUCGGUAGCUUCUACAACUAUCGGCGGCCGCGAAUUUAAGCUGCUUGCCACGGCGGAGCAAGCUACAGCGAAGAGAGUGCUCGCAAUUCGCAACCGCAAGAUAGCUCACUUCUUGUUACAGCUGAUGCCUGCUCACCAAAUGCGACACCGACACGCCGCCGCCAUGAUGAACGUCGUGGCCAUCGGGCUCAUCCUCUCCACGCUGGCAGCCGCGGGGGUCUGGUCCCCAGCGCCGCAGCCGACCGCGGCCCCACAUCAUGGCGACCGCAUCGUCCGGGAGGGCCGACGCGUGGUAAUCGUGGAGUACGAGCGCGAGCUCCCGCUGUCGACCGAUGGCGGCGGCAGCGUCAAGGUCAAGGAGACGCGCGUCCUGCCCCCGGACGCACUGGACGGCGUCGAGGGCGACGGCGGAACCUUUGAUGAGGCCAGGGGCGUGGUCUCAGACGCGGCCGGCAAGGUGGCCGGUGCGGCAGAGGAAGGCAAGGAGAGAUUGUCCGACGCCAAGGAGAGCGCCAAGGGCGGUGUCCUCGGUACCGUCAAGCGGUGCAAGGAUAGACUCUGCGGCGCCGGCAGGAAAGUGGAAGAGGGAGCCAAGGACGCGGUGUCCCGCGUCGAACACGGCGCGGAGGACGCGGCGAGGGGCGCCAUGGAGGCGGUCUCGGAUGCCAAGGACAGCGCCGAGAACACGGCGUUCGACGCCGUGCAGAAGGGUAAGGAGACGAUGAAAAGCGCCAAGGACAAGGCGUCGGACGCCGAGCAGCGAGGGAAGGAUGCCGUAAGGAGCGCGAAGGACAAGGCGUCCGACGCUGCGCAUCAGGGGAAGGAGACAGUGAAGAGCGCCAAGGACAAGGUCUGCGAAACUGCCAGCAAAGCGAAGGAGAGGGCGUCAGGCAUCCAGCACGGAGCAGCCGAAGCGGCGAAGGCUGCAAAGGAGAGGGUGUCUGCGGCAGCCAAGAGCGCCAAGGACACCGUCCAGAGCGCCAGGGACAGCGUCUCCGACAUCGCCCAGAGAGCCGAGGAGUGCGCGGAGGACACCGCCGAGCGCGCGGCGGACAGGGCCGCGGAGGCCGAGGAGGAAGCGAAGGCGAGAGCGGCCGAGGUGGGCAAGAACCUGACCGACAUCGCGCGGCGGGCGCGCGGCGUGGCGUCCGACGCGGCCGCGUACCUCCUGGGCGCGCCCCGGGAGGCCGCGCGCACCGCGACGGCCGUGAUGCACCUCCUCGGCUUCGCCACCGCCUACGGCGCCUGCGUGUGGGUGACGUUCGUGUCCAGCCACGUCCUGGCCGCGGCGCUGCCGCGGCAGCAGCUCGGCGUGGUGCAGAGCAAGCUGUUCCCGGUGUACUUCCGCGCCCUGGCGUACGGCGUCGGGCUGGCGCUCGCCGCGCACCUGCUGGGGCGCGAGCGCGGGUCCCUGGCGUCGCGCGCGCAGAGCCUCAACCUGCUCGCCGCGCUCGGCCUGGUCCUCGCCAACAUGCUGCUGCUCGAGCCGAAAGCCACCAGAGUGAUGUUUGAGAGGAUGAAAGUGGAGAAGGAAGAAGGCCGGGGACGUGACAUGGCGGACAUCGUCGACCCGCCCGUGGUCACCGUGGCCACGCCGACCGCUGGCACCACCACCGUCCCGACGGCGGCGGCCGCAGCACGCACAGCUCCCGGGGACGGCGCGGGGACGGGGAUUGGCAAGCAAUCGAAGCCGGCGACGGCAACAGCCGACGCGGAGAUGUCGAAGAGCCGGGCGGUGAGGCUGAGCAGGCGGCUGAAGCAGCUCAACGGCUACUCGUCCCUGUGCAACGUGCUCUGUCUCAUGUCCCUCACCUGGCACCUCGUGCACCUCGCGCGCCGCCUGCACGCGGGCACCGCCUGCUAGGUUGAUGAUAUGGGUGGCUUCGUGGUCUCUUGUAGGAGUUUACUAGUUUCUGAUGUAGAUGUGUCACGACUCACGUUGGCGACUUCCCCGUAGUUUAGGCUUCAGUUUGUGUUCGGCUGGUUUCUGUUUCACUUGUGUUGGGUAGUAGUAGGGUUAGUGUGUACUUUGGAUGUACCAAGUAAUACUCAUAUGUGUAAGUUUAGGCUAGUCUUAUCUGAUAAUGUGAGGUCAGCAGGGCGUGCUUGUCUCGUGGUGGACUGGUUGUGGUGAUGGUAUGGCUGCUGACCCGGCACGGCUGGUCCUCAUAAAAUGCCAAUAGAAUUUGACUACUGGUGUAUGGUGUAAGAUGGCAAUGGUUAUCCAAAACCCGUCGGUUUUUCUCUAUUA